UUUUUCCCUUUCCGUUUCCCAGCCUGCAGGGAGUUCUUCCAGGCCCUCGAGGCGUGCCAUGCGAACUUCUGGACAAAGUGGACGGGGGGCUGCAACACCGCGAAGAACCAGCUGAACUCCUGCCUGCACAAAGAGACCAUGGUCCGUGCAUCGAAAAACCGCGAAGACGCAAAGGUCCGGCAAGCCAAGAAAGAACAGGCGUGGAAGGAACUACACGAGGACGAUUGA